UAGAUAAUGAUAAAAAAAUUAAGAUAUGAUGUUAGGUCAGGAUAAACGAAAGGGUGUUAAAUCUGAUUUUUGGAGUGGAAAAAAUUUUUGUAUCGAAUAAAAAUUUAAGUUUAUUGUGAAUGUAAGUUGAGUAUUUCUUCCUGUUUUCAGUCCUGAGUUUCAGUUUUGUUUCUCACGGUUUGAUUCUGCUAACUUGUGUUUUUGGUUAGUCGAGGUGAUUUAUGUCUUAUGUUUCGUCAGUUCUUUUCGACAUCUAGUUGUGAAUAGUCGAUAGUUGUAUUUGUGAUUUUGAAGUGUUUGUUUUGUGUUUUUAAUUUUUUUAAUUAAAAUGGCUUCUUUUGAUUUUUCCGUCAUGGCGCAGGUGUUAGAUUAUGUUGAUCGGGGCAUUGUUAGUACGGAAAGUUUUCUGUUACUAAAAUUGACUGAGAUUGAGGACGCUCAGCGUUCUUCGUUUGAACGUGGAGAAAGAGGUGUACGGGUUGUAGUUACCCCUUGGCAGGAUGCGGAAUUGAGGGUGGUUUUUGGGCCUUGGCCUCUUUUACAUCAUCGUUUUUUUAAUGGAGGGGCACCUUUCGAGGAUGCUGUUUGGUAUCAGGAAUACCGCUGGUCUUGGGAGUUUAAAAAGUAUGAGUUUCGGACUUAUUGGGCUCCUUCAUCUUAUAUUAAUCCAACUUCCUGUGACGUACCCGAAGAUGAACCGAUGGAAGAGAUAAUAGGGAUUUCAGGUGUUAAUACUGUUUUUCGGUGAGUUUAUUUGUUUUGAUGGGGAGAGAGAAGAGAAGGAAGAGAAAAAAAAUGUGUAUUUUUAUUUCUGUCCUUUUAUAUCUUGUUGCAGACCUUUCUCAGCCUUGCCCUAUAGUCCUCCACGGAUGGGUUAUCGGCCUAAAAAUGCUGCCUUGGAGCUCGUCUAUGUGCAGCGGUAUAGAUUGGAAUGGGAGGAACCCGUUUCUAUUUCUAAUGUUUGGGAUAUUGUGAGUAGUUAUUAAGAAUUAAAUAGUUUUUGUUGUUAUUCUUAUCGAUUUAUUUUUUAAAUUUAUCUCUUUUUCUUUUUUUUUUAGCGUUGGAACGUGAGUCUGCAGAAUGUUUGGUUUCCGUGUUAAUAAGUGUAUUUUUAUUCAUUACUAUUCAUUUUCUUUAUGUUGUAAUUUUUUGUGAAAAAUGUAUUAGA